GAACACAAUGUGUGAAUUGUAGAUCUUGAAUGCUAGUUGCCCAAAUCGUUCAUAGUGAUUAAGUUGUGGCAGCACAAAAUGAUUUUUUCGUUGUUUCUGGUAGGCUCGGGUCUUUUGCCAGCAAUUUUGGCAAAGGCACUUCCCUGGACACCAGCAAUUCAAACGCCUGCUGCUGAUGGCAGAGCACCUGUCCAAGGAGGUUGGAGUCCCAGUCCAACAGCAGCUCCGAACAAAGCUCUGAAGGUUUUAGAUCUAUUAAAACGUCAAACAAGUGCGAAUAACACCUGUGGAUACUACAAUGGCAUUCAGUCUGAACCUUACACUUGUUCUGGAGCAGGCUACUACUGUGCCCAUAAUACAUAUUCUGCUAUCGGAUGCUGUACCGGAGAUGUCAGUCUUUGCGAUAUAUUCACCGCUUGCAUCGACUACUCCUCGUCCUCGGCGCUUUGUGGUCUAGCAGACGGGUUAACAGGAUGCUGCAAUAAUUCCGAUUUCCCUUAUUGUGCAACUUUUCUCUGGAAUAACCCUCAAAGAAGCAUGUUUCGCUGCGUAACGUCUCCGGCAUUUUAUCUCAUGUCCGACUACCCAAUCACUGGUACAGCUUCAACGACUGUUGCGUCUUCUGUCACUAUAUCUCGAAGUGUCGCCUCAGUAGCGAGCAGCAUUCAGAGCGGAGAUGAUGCUCAGGAUGUAAGCAGCGCUUCUCGAAUUUCAGUAACCUCAGCAAGCGCACGUAGUUCAGUAACCUCUGCAGGCUCACGUAGCUCAGCAUCUUCAUCGUCAUCAGCAACUCCAUUCGCAAGUACAGCAACUCAAAAGAAAUCUGGAGUUCCACUAGGAGCCAUUAUCGGUGGAGCUGUUGGCGGCGUGGUAGUAAUUGCGCUGUUAAUUUUUGCCAUCGCUUUCUUCGUCAGAAGGAAGAAAUCAAACCCACCACCACCUCAGCCUCCACCUCAAGUUUCAACAAUCCUCCCUAAUAACCCAUAUCAAGGACCACCGCCAAACUCACCCCCACCAUUCUACGAGAAUCGUGCCAGUAUCGCAAAGCCGCCUUAUAAUACAAGCGAAUUAGCAAAUACUGUGUAUAUUCCUCCUGCUAUACCCGAGUACUAUCAACCACCGGCAAAUGAUGUCCCUGUCUCGCCCAACACCACCAGUACACAUAGAUUUUCAAAUAGUCAAAUAUAUAGCGAUCCAGGCCAUCAGUACUCUGAGCUGGAUGCAACUGCUCUGAAUUCCUUGGGUGGGAACAGAGUGGAGUUAGGCAGUGAGCCAGCGAGGCCAAGUCAUUGAACAGGACUUAGCCCUCCAAGAUGAUGGCAAUGUUCAAAUCAUGAUGAUUGUUUCGAUAAAGAUUCUUCGAGGGAAACUUUUGACCAUUUAUCAGAUCCAUGAGAUGUUGGUGAGGAGUAUUUCUGAUGGAGUGUAAGAAGUGCAUCUUGGGAAGUGAGUGGGAAACGGUGUAUAUGAUAAGCUUUUUGUAUUUGCUCAUAGAAUUUUGUGGAAGAUAUCCAAUAUAGUAUAUAUAAAUUAAUGCUCAACUUGAGCCCUUCACUAAUACACAUACUUUGGUAGUUCGUGAAAAUGGUGUGGUUUAUGUCUGAAAACUUGCCUUGGACGGAGCUCUACUCAGUCGUAGUAUAGAGUCGGUCCAAUCUUUCUUAUCAGAUGGACGAAAGCAACAACGACAAAAAAUCAUCAACUUGAAGUUGUAAUAACUGCCAGGUGUUGAUUCGGCAUCUUGUUAGAAUGUUUGCUAUCACGUUA